UCAUACAUUUAUUUGGGGAAGUAACACCAGCGAUGUCAUUGAAUUAUCUCAAGGUCUACGUAAAUUUUCAUCCAAUUAUUACAAGAGUGCAAUGGAUAAUAGUACAAAUAAUAUUGUAAUAUCAUCAUUCAGUGCAUUGAUGGUACUUGGAAUGCUCGACAAUGGUGCAAGUGGAAAUAUUAAAAAAGAAUUUCAUGAUUCAAUUGAACUGCCAAUAAAUACCAAUAUCACUAAAACUGGAUUUCAAUCAUUAAUUGAUACAUUAAACAAUAUUCGUGUUGAAUCAAGACUUUGGCUUACCAAUCACAUUUUCGUUUCAUCAACAGUUCAAGGACAGCAUGAUUUUAUUAUUAACAACAUGGAAUAUUUUCGUUCUGAAGCUAGAGUUAUUGAUCUAUCAAAUAAAACUCAAGCCACUUUGAGCAUCAAUGAGUGGUGUUCUAAUAAAACAAUGAAUAUGAUUAAAGAUUUAGCAACACCUGGUACGUAG